AAAGAACAAACUUUUGAUAUUUCUCUUUUGUUUCUCAUUUCUCACGUGGAAUUGUGCAUAAAGCGAAUUUGUCUAUUUAUGAGUAUAUUUAGUUUUUAUGUAUUCAUAAUAUUGCAGAGUACUUAUACAGGUUACUUAACAUUUUAUAACUCAGUUGUAAAAAAAUGAAGGUGAAGAAAGUAAGCCAAAAAUCUACUACAUUAUCGAAAGAAAAAAGAUUAGGAGUUAAAAGAAAGAAGAAAGAUUUAAGCAAAGUUACUACAGAAGAAUUUUUUGAACAAGAUUUUCACAGUGAUAUAGACAGUGAUGAGAAUAAUGACACAGAUAAUGAUAAUUAUGAUGAGAAUUAUGAAAAUAAUAAAAAUAACGAUGACUUAAACAGUGAUCAAGAAGAUAGCGAUGAAAGUGACUUAAAUCCUGUCGAACACAAAAAGUCAUUGAUAAAAUUAAAAGACACUGAUCCUGAAUUUUUUAAAUAUCUUGAAGAAAAUGAUAAAAAUCUUUUGGAUUUUAACUUAUCUGAUGAUGAAGAUGAUGGUUCAUCAAUAAAAGAUUUUGAUGACAGGCACAUUCCUCAAGAAGAAUUGGAGGUUGCUAGUGAUGAUAGUGAUUUUCAUCCAGAAGAAACUGAAGAAAAUUCAAAAAAGAAAAUUACUUUGAAAUUACUGAAAAUUUGGCAACAAGAAAUACAAACAGAUAAAUCAACAGCUACUAUUAAACAUGCUGUAGAAGCUUUUCGUGCAGCCUUGAAUAGUGUAGCAGUAUCAUCUGAUACAGCCACAAGAUAUAAAGCCACAAGAUAUAAAGUAGAAGGAAGUGCAGUAUUUAAUGGUGUGGUACAACUUUGUAUAACACACUUGUCUGAUGCAUUUAAACGCUUUUUAAAACUUGACCCAGAAUCUCAUGAAGCGCAUAAAUCUAAGAGAUUUGGCAAAAUACGAGGAACUUUAAAAUUGUACUUAACAGAUUUAUUUAAGCUAUUGGAAAAUGUAACAUCAUCUAAUAUUCAAACAGUACUUUUAAAACACCUUCGCUACAUGUUGCCAUACAUGCAAUCUUUUUCGUCCUUAACUAAACCAUUGUUGAGGAUUUUGUUAAAGCUGUGGUGUGAAACAGGAGAUGAGACUGUUCGCGUCAUAAGUUUCUUAAAUAUAUUCUAUAUCGCUAUUAAUCAUAGAGAAUCCAUACUGGAGAAACUGUUAAAGACUAUGUAUGUGAAAUAUGUACGGAAUACCGAAUUUGUAUCGUCCAACACAUUACCGAGCAUUAAUUUUAUGAGACUUUCUUUAGUCGAGAUAUACGCACUAGAUCAUGAUCUGUCAUACAACCAUGCCUUUCUUUUUAUCAGGCAAUUAGCAAUACAUUUAAGAAACGCCGUUACAUUAAAGAAAAAGGAAAACUUUCGGAUUGUGUAUCAUUGGCAAUAUAUAAAUUCCUUACGUUUUUGGGUAGAUUUUAUAACUAAGUCAAAAGAUAAAUCAAUGUUACGAUCAUUAUUGUACCCAUUGAUCCAGAUAAUUAUUGGAACGAUAAAAUUAAUUCCAACCGUACAACACUAUCCAUUAAGGUUCCAUUGCAUAGAGAUGUUACUGAGCAUUUCAAAGGAGACAGGAGUGUUCAUACCUAUUUUGCCAUUUCUUCUCGAGAUAUUGGAUUCUUACGACUUUAAUAAAAAGCACAAAGUGGCCUCAAUAAAACCUAUACCUAUACUUUAUACAUUGAGAAUAUCGAAAUCACAGCUUGUAGAAAAAGAUUUUAAAGAUAGCAUUAUCGAAACAAUUUAUCAGCUUAUACUAAAACAUGCAGCAAUUGAGAGCUAUAAAAUAUAUUUUCCAGAUUUGUUUCUAUCUUGUAUAAUACAGUUAAAAGCAUUUCUGAAGAAAUGUCAUAUAGCGACAUAUUGUAAAAAAAUGAAGCAGCUUUUGAGUAUGAUUGAAGAAAAUCGAAAAUAUAUUGAAACCGAACGUACGAAAGUGACAAUAGACUUGAGAAACAUGGGAGAAAUUACAAAUUGGGAAAAUAGAGUAAAGACAGAUGGCACAGAGAUAGCCAAAUUUUAUGCCACAUGGGCUAAACUGCAUGAAUCGCAGAAACUUAAAAUGCUUACAAAAAAUGAAGAAGAAAUCAAUGCAUCUGUUUUGAGGCAAUCAAAAAAGCAGAAAUUCAAUGAGCAGAGUGCGGAAGAUAGCGAAGAAGAAAGUGAACUGGAAUUUCGAGUGAAAGGACUAGAGACUAAAAUUGAGACAAAAGAAUCGACAAAUACUACUAAAAAACUUGUUAAAAAAACAGUAAAUACUACUAAGAGAAACAAAAACAAGAAAAUAAAAGUGGCCAAAAAUGCCGAGAAUGAUUUGCCGAGAGAAAACACGGAUAUUGUUUUAGAUAUAAAUAGUGAUGAUUGGGAUUAAAAAAGAAUAGGUCAACAAAAACUUUUACAUAAUAUAUUAGACUACAAAUUAUUAUUUUUUAAAAGUGGCCAAAUUUUGUGUAUUAUACAUAUAUAAAGUACAUUAUACAUAGGUUUGAAGACAUUUGCAAAAAAUGUAACUUUCUGCUCGCAUUUUAAUAUUUGUAGAUCAAAAACCUCUUGUUUUUUCCUUCAAAAAAUGCAAAAUAAAAGUGAACAAAAUAUAUUUAAAUAAUGUAAAAACCACAGACACACAUGCGCGCACACACACGCACACACACGCACACAUACACGCGCACAAAAUAUAAAAAAAAAAUAAAAUUGAAUUUAAAUAAGCUAAUGCAAAUUGUUCAUCGCGUGAUUACUUAUAUUUGACAAUGUUUACUUAUGUACAGACAUUUCAAUUAUUUGCGUUGAAUAAAUUCUUAAUUUGUGUGAAUAA